AUGGAGUCGAUGCAGAAUUGGGUACAGGAUGUCUUUGCACCCAUCGUACUCACAUGCUCUACGUUUGAGGCAGAACGUAUUGCGCUUAAGAAUAAUCUAUCUGUAGCUGAUUUACUGAAUGGAUUUGCGCGUCUAGAUGAUGCAGAUACGCCAUUGCGCUCCGUGACGCACCCGAUUCAACUUGCGUGCUUUAACUUUCGCUUUGUAGCAGCUAAUCAGUUCCAUAUUAUCAGUAUGAAUGAAUCUACAAAGGACUUGAAUGAUAGUAUCAAUCGAUAUCCACCACAACAAGCUGAUACAGCCAUAUUAUCCGUGAAGCUAGACAUUCCUCGAGUCACGGCCAUUGAUGACGUGCCUACGUACCUUCGAAAUAUUGGAGCUGAGACAGAUGCUGAAGGCAAUAAAGAUCCCAUGCCGUGGUAUCAAUCAUUUAAGCACACACUUAUGGAUACAUUUCGAUGUGAAGAGUAUAGUCUCUUGUGUCAUCCAGUCGCCAUGGUGGUCGUCGUAAGCUCAACGGAUCCAAACCCACGUCAUAGUUUUGAGGAGCUCAUUGCACCACGAAAUCUACCAGAACCAUUCCAACAAGAAUUGUAUGAUGCUACUUUGGUGCCCAAGUUUUACGUGGUCGUGCAUGACGUCAUGGAGACAGAGGGCACAGCUAUUGAUCCCGAUGCGAUCUUGACGAGUAUGAAUAUCUCAGCAGUCAAUGGGACGGUAUUGAGGAUUAACUCAUUGACAGUGGAAAAUGCACCAGUUCCGUCGCCAUUUGCGACGCUGUGGACAGAAAAUCCAUAUGUAAGACCACCGCUUUUCUCUCAUGAGUUGGAGACGUACCCACAAGUAAACAACGGCGUGGGCACGUUGUUGUCUAACGAUGAUGUGGCGCAGAUGAAGACAUUUGUGCGCAGUUUUGGACUGCGAUUCCUUCUAUCGUCGCUUGAAGGACGGAUUUUUCAGUUAAAUGAAGUAGUUUCGGCCAUGAAAAAGGGUGUGAAAAAUGUCUUCAAGUCGUGGCUACGCAAACCGAAGGAAUCACGAUCGUCGAAUGUUUUUGCAUCAGGAAGUGUUGUAUACAAGUGCAGCUCUAUCGAGUCGCAGACUCGUCUUCUGGCAGACACAGCUUUUCUUGCGAGAGACUAUGAGCUGGCACUGCAAAUGUAUCGCUUGGUGCGUGACGACUUUAAAUCCGACAAGUCAGUGUAUCAUUGCGCCAAUGUUAAUGAAAUGAUUGCAAUCUGUUUACUUUUGACGAAGGGAUCGCCCAUGCAAAUAACAAAUGCUUUGGACUCGGCCAAUGCAAUUUAUGCGAAAACGCCUUCUCCGUUGACUCAGCGUUUAGCUAUUCGUACGGCGGUAAUUGCCGGUGAAAUUUAUCACACGUUAAGCAAGUCUGGUCUGAUUACAGAUUAUAUGGACAACGCUUCCACUGCACUAAUUCGUGGUUCAACGAUGGAGCAAGGCAUCUGUGCUGCAGUGCUCAUGGAGCGUGCAGCUUUGUGUAAUCUUCGCGCGCGACUACCAAAGUUUCGCAAAUACGGGUUCCGAAUGGUAAUGGCUGGGCAUGUGUAUGACUCUUUGGGACAUGAGCAGCAUUCUGCGAGAUGCUACUCCUUAGCACGCGCUAUCUAUGACUGCAGCGGCUGGUUUCUUGUUGAAGAUCACAUAAACUUUAUGCUUGCACAACAGGCAAACAAGUUGGACGACCGCAUGGCUUCUAUCAACAUAUUUCUCAAACUUAUUGGCACAGGCCGCAAUUCAGCCAGGCAGCAGGAAGCUAUGCUGUACGAUUUUGGUUUGAUUGUCAAAGAUUUCUUGGCAACAGAGCCUACCGAUGCGCGCCCGUCUUCAUUUGGUCGAAACGGGACCGUCUUCAUAAAACGCGGCGAUGGUAGUAACAAGAAACUUCUUGUGAGGGAUCUGUGUAUGCCUGAGCUGGAUGACAAGUCGGCUGUUGUGUUUGCAUCGUCAAACGCGUUUGGUAUCAAUCGAUCUAUCGACGGCAAUUAUUUUGACGCAGAGACGUGGCAAGAACUUGAGGAUAUUCUCAACAAGCAAAACCGGCUGCAUCAAUAUGUUACGUCCGGCAACAGUAAUGAAGCGAAAAGCUGGUUUACACCUGCGCAUGUAUAUGCUGGUUAUCGUGGCAAGAAGCAUGCUACAAUUGAAAAACCAGAGAAUUACGUUCUAGGAGAACGGAUAUUCGUUGAGUUUGUGAUGAAGAAUGCUCUUUCAUGUGCAGUGGAUGUAGAGAAUAUUCAUUUGUAUGGCAAAUUUGAGGCCGCUGAUGAGAACAAGGAAAUAUUUGAUGUCCCCGAGAACCGGACGUCUGGCGACCAGCGUAUCGUAAUUGACAGCGUAAGCCUCCAGCUCCUGCCAUGCAGUGAAGAGCGUGUCCGUCUUGCAGUAUGUCCGAAAGUCCGCGGGAAGCUAAGUCUGACCGGAGUCCGGUGGUCAAUAUGCGGUGGAGACGUUCAAGGCGAGCAUGCCUUUGAUAUCCCUGGUCCGCUGCUGCAAGACACAAGAGCACAUCGAGAAGCGCGAGCCCGUGCGCCGAACAUGAGUCUAAUUGCCAAUGUUGUGGAGUCGAUGCCAUGGCUUGGUGUGAAAGUUGAAGGUGUACAUUCUGAGGCCUUUGUUGGUGAGGUGAUGGAGCUAAACGUAUUGCUUCUUAAUUCUGGUACAGUAGCUCUAUCUGGUCUCCAGGUUUGCUGCACUGACUUGCUAAUUUGUGCAUCGGAAACGAAUUCCUCAAACAAUCUUUGUGGAUACAUUGGGUCUAGUGGUCAUGUCACGAGUUUAAAAGGAGUGGUUUUAAUACCUGGAGAAACAAAGCAGAUCAAGAUGUGGGCACGAGGGCUAGUGCCUGGGCGCCGCGACGCGGCCCUCCUGUUUAAAUACACGACUGACUCUGGAGAAGGACAGGCUUGUGUCACCUCGUCGCUUUCGCGUACAGUAAAAAUUAAGUUACGUCUAAAUUUGCUGCCGUGCGUCAGUGUAUCCUAUUCUAUUGAACCAAGCUUUGGCGCCAACAGUGAAUACAUUCUUGGCAUCACGGUGUCAAACCAGCGCAGUGACCGCGACGAAAUGAGCGGGCCUUUGGACGGAGUAGUUCGGUUGGAAGAACUCGUUUACGUAAGUAACUCCUGGGCAGUUGAGCCCUUGGCACGUCCACCUUUUCAUAAAGCUACAGACCUGCGUGAUUCACUGCGUUUGGACUUUUUCGAAGCCAGCACGAGCUACUUUCGUGUGAUUCCACGAUCGCAAUCCACUAUUUCUGCUGGCAUAUUAGACUUAUGCAAGCUUCCUCUCAUGUCAGUGCAAAAUGGUGUUGAUUUGUCUUCGUCCUUGCCGAUCGAGCAGUUCCUAUGUUUGGAAAAUGCUGGUGAGCUUGCUCGCGCCGGUGGUGCUGGAAGUGGCGAAGGUUCUGAAAAGGAUGAGAUACGUGGUGGUGGCUUCCGAACGAUUCAAAGUGUAAGACGAGCGAACAAUGCUCUGAAAAACGCGUCCGCUGACGAUGGCAAUGUCAAGACCAUACAGCAAGAGCCUCAGCCGACGUCGAGGGAUGCACUACUAUCUCAGCUGGAUACGGAUGGCCAUCUUGUGCUUGUAUGGUCGACUGAUUGCAACUCGUCGUUCAGCAAACAAAUGGCAGGGAUGGUCCCUCGUCGAGCAAUAGGUCAAGCAAAUCUGACGUCGUUAAAAAUUCGACCAUCUCUUCAAGACGGUUCAUGCCCGUUGACUGUGACGCUAAGCUACAAUGACUGCGUCAACCUGAAGAGCUCAACGUGCCCUGGUUCGACAUCAACAUUGAGUGUUGCAGAAUUAGAUAUCACGAUGCAGGUGUGCAACGAAUCGUCACCUAGUUCAGCUCCACUUGAUGUUACUGUUGAAAUGCUGCAUCCGGAAGAAGCCCAGACUCCGCUUCCUGCUUCUGCGCCGUUGACUAAGCUGCACUCAAUCUCGCAAUGUGUUGCCUCUCCACGCCGUGGCGCACCACCGCGUUUCUUCUGGACAGGAAUUACUAAGAAGAAAUUGACGCGGUUCUCGCCCAACAGUCAGGUGACGAUCAACCUGAAGGCUUGCUUUAUGGAGCCAGGCAUUUACAAUCUUAAUCGGUUUCGAUUUGUUGUGCAGUCUGCCAUGUCAAACGGCGAGCCUUCAAGUGUCUUUAUGAUUCCAGCGGAAUACCUUGUGUAUGUAAAGGCUCGACAGCAAAUGUCGGCAUUGCAGACAGAAUUCAACCAAGCAGUUGAUGAUCUACUUGUUGUACCAGUUCUAUGA